GGGAUCACUUUCCCCUUGUGUCCGCCAUAUUGGACGGUAACUCUGGUCAGCGGCGCUGGGGCCGAGGGAGUCCCCGUUGCCGUGACAGUCGGUGCGCUCCGCUCCUCGGCGCCCGGGGUGGCCCGUGCCCCGGCCCUGCCCGUCCCCUCCGCUCCCGGGCGCUAGCGGCGACCCCGCGCCCCUUCCCCUCCUCCUCCUCCUUCUCCCCCCCGCUCCCUCCUCCCUUGCCCGGGUGUCAGGCACGAUGAGUCCGGCCGACGCCAAGCGCGGAGCCAAGCGCCGGAAGAACAAGCGGGGCGGCGGCCUCAGCAGCACCGGCGGGCCGGGACCCAGCGGCGGCGCCGGCGGCCUGGGCAAGGCCGGGGCGGCGGCGGGAGCGGCCCCUCUGCGGGCUGCGACCCAGGCGGCCGCCGCCUCGCCGAGCGCGGUGGGCGGCCUGCUGACAGCGCCGGCGGCGGCCGCCGGCAACGGAGCCCUGGGCGGCGGCGGGGCCGCGGCGGGACACGGCGAGGUUUCGCUAAACGGUACACAGUUCACAGACAGUUCUGUUGGAUCAGAGUUCACAGGUGUUUCUCAGACACCGUUUACCUUUGGCUUGGGCCAAAGGGCACCAUAUACAACCGGGGAGCAUUGUCUUCUCUGUAGAAGUGAACGAAAAGAUAAUUCGCUUUCAGAGAGCGGAAUAAAAAAUUCUAGCAAAACAGCACUUUCCACAUCUCCAAAAGCAAACAAUGUGCUGCAUCUUCCACUGUGGGUGUGUCCAGACUGUCGAAGAACAGUCGAAAAAGAGGAGAGGCACACUACCAUAGAGCAGUCUCUUGUGAGCCAAGAUUUCCUUUUGCACAUGCCUCUUGGAAACAGUGGAUCACAGCAGGAAUCUGUAGGAGGAGGAAGAAUAGCUGUUGGUGCGCAGACAGUGCCUGCUGCAGAUCUUAGCAAUUCCUCUCCUUCAGACAUAGCUUGUAACUGUGAGGCCUGUAACGAGCGCAGAGAAAAUUCAGCAGAGCCUGAACGUGAACCUCAGCAGCUUCAAAAUUACUGGUCAGAAGUAAGAUAUAUGGUUCGGUGUAUAUAUCGCCAAGCUGGGACCCCUUUGGCAGACGACCAAGACCAAUCUUUGGUACCAGAUAAAGAAGGAAUGAAAGAGCUGGUGGAUAGGCUUUGUGAAAGAGAUCCAUAUCAGCUUUACCAACGAUUGGAACAGCAAGCUAGAGAAUAUGUGCUUGAAAUGAAGGUUCGUCUGCUCCGACACUUGUCCCUGGGAUCUAAAGUUGCAUCAACAUUAGCAAUACAAGGGCCACCACAGGCCCACCAGUUCAUCUCACUCCUACUUGAAGAAUACAGUGCACUCUGUCAGGCAGCGUGUACAAUCAGCGCCUUUCUAGUUACUCUGGAAAAUGAACAUUUGAAGAAAUUUCAAGUGACAUGGGAAUUGCACAAUAAGCAUCUGUUUGAAAACCUGGUAUUUUCCGAGCCACUCCUGCAGAAUAGCUUGCCAAUGUUGGUGUCACAGCUAAGGCUUGGAACAACACACGAUUCCUGUAGCGAAGACAUGUACAGUACCUUGCUGCAAAGGUACCAUCAGCUGGAGCAGGAGAUGGGUCAAGUUGCUGACGCUUGGCUGGAAUGCCAGAAAAGAAUAGAUGAUUACGUUGAUGAACAGAUGGCAAUGAAAGCAAAACAACGCAUGCUGAAGGAAGACUGGGAAUUUUUUAAACAGAGACGUUUUAUUGAAGAGCAGCAGUGUCCUUUUGUGCAGCCCAUGAAACAAGACAAGAACUACUCAAGUUCAGAGUGCGUCAGCAGAAGUACCAUGCAAGAUCUUAAUAACAAGAAAGCACUAGCUGGGGAGAACAACUUCACAGACACAAUGAGACACAUGCUGUCAUCACGUUUGAGCAUGCCUGACUGUCCCAACUGUAAUUAUAGAAGAAGAUGUACUUGUGAUGACUGCAGCCUUUCGCACAUUUUAACAUGUGGCAUCAUGGAUUCUCCUAUAACGGAUGAUAUCCACAUUAACCAGUUACCGCUUCAAAUUGAUUCUGCUCCGGAUUAUCUGUCUGAGAUCCGCCCACCCAGUAUGUCUUCAGCAAGUUCAGGAUCAGGUUCCAGCUCACCUAUUACAAUUCAGCAGCAUCCCAGACUGAUCCUUGCAGAUAAUGGUUCUGCACCAACAUUCGGUAGUGAUGAUGAAGAUGUUGCACCAUUAUCAGCAAAAUUUGCUGAUAUCUACCCACUGAAUAAUUACGACGAUGCAGAGGUUGUAGCCAACAUGAAUGGAAUUCACAGCGAGCUAAAUGGCGGAGGUGAAAACAUGGCACUGAAGGAUGAGUCUCCUCAGGUAAGCAGCACCAGCAGCAGUUCCUCAGAAGCAGAUGAUGAAGAAGCAGAUGGGGAGAGCAGUGGUGAACCACCAGGGACUCAAAAGGAAGAAAUGUCUCUAGGAAAAAGGGCAUUAAGGAAAGAUGAAGCAAAAAUGGAUAGUCCACCACCCUCUUACCCCAGUCAGCAGGCUGACCAAGGUCCAAAUGCUUGUGAAUGUCAUGUUUGCAAACAGGAAGCCUCAGGUCUAACAGCCUCUGCACUUGCAACUGGACGCCUGCCUGCUGGCCACCAGUUUAUGAACCCUGAAAAACCUGCACAUCCUGCACUUCAUCUUUAUCCUCACAUCCAUGGACAUAUACCAUUGCAUACAAUUCCUCAUCUGCCCCGUCCACUUAUCCAUCCCACCCUGUAUACAGCUUCUCCCUUUACACACAAUAAGGCAUUACCGCCAGCUCCAGUUCAGAAUCAUACAAACAAGCAUCAAGUAUUCAAUGCGUCUCUUCAAGAUCAUAUUUAUCCAAGCUGUUUUGGGAGCACUCCAGAUUGGAAUAGCUCUAAAUUUAUAAGUCUUUGGGGAUCAGAGAUGAUGAAUGACAAGAACUGGAAUCCUGCUACGUUUUUGCCUGAUACAAUUCCUGGGAGUGAUAUAUUAGCACCAGCACUCUCAGAAAUAAGACCUGAAGCGCUUCCUACUACGUCUAGCAAUGAAGCAACAGCAGUUACUGACAGCAAAGAGAAAAAAAAUGCUGCGAAGAAGAAAUGUCUCUACAAUUUCCAGGAUGCCUUUAUGGAAGCUAAUAAAGUUGUCAUGGCAACCUCUUCUGCCACUUCUUCUGUCUCCUGCACAGCAACCACAGUGCAGUCAAGCAGCAACCAAUUUAAAGUAUCAUCCAAGAGACCUUCGUCAAUAGGUGAAGUGUUCCACAACAUUAAUAAAGAGGACCAUAGACAUUCUGCACCAGUUGCACCACGAAAUAGUCCUACCAGUUUAGCAUCCCUUCCUUCACUGUCUCCUGCUGCACUGUCUCCAGCCUCCACACCACAUCUUCCAAAUCUUGCUGCUCCUUCCUUCCCCAAAACUGCUGCAACAGCCCCUGGAUUUGUGGAUCCUCAUUCAGGUCUUUGUCCUACUACAGUUGCACCUCCCACUUCAACCACAGACAGCUCUGUAAGUGCCCCACCAAGUGUCUGCAGUGAUCCUGACUGUGAGGGCCAUCGCUGUGAGAACAGUAACACAUAUGACCAUCAACAGUAUGAUGGAGAGGAGAGCCAGGAUGAAGACAGCUGUUCGGAGCAUAGCUCCAGUACCUCAACUUCCACAAAUCAGAAGGAAGGAAAAUACUGUGACUGCUGUUACUGUGAGUUCUUCGGCCAUGGAGGACCUCCAGCUGCACCAACCAGUAGGAAUUAUGCAGAGAUGCGAGAAAAACUUCGUUUACGUCUAACAAAAAGGAAGGAGGAACAGCCCAAGAAACCAGAUCAGAUCUCUGAAAGGGAAAGUGUUGUUGACCACCGAAAGGUGGAAGACUUGCUACAAUUCAUAAACAGCUCUGAAACCAAACCAGUAAGCAGUUCUCGGGCAGCCAAGCGAGCCAGACAUAAGCAAAGAAAGCUUGAAGAAAAAGCUCGACUUGAAGCAGAAGCCAGGGAGAGGGAGCAUCACCAGUUGCUUGAGGAACAGAGACGGCGAGAGGAAGAAGAAGAGAGGCUGAAACAAGAAUUACAACGGCUUCAAGAACUCCAGCAGUUGCGGGCUGUAAAGAAAAAGAAGAAAGAACGAACAAGUAAAGACUGUCAGAAGGUCGACAUGCUCAAUCGAAACUGCCAGGCAGUGAAAGAAUCUGUCCCAAACGCACCUGAAGACAUUCAGAAUGGUACGCUUGAGCAAUCGGAAAAGAUAGAAACCUCCUCUGGUUCACUGGCGAGACACGUGAAUCAUACGGAACAGAGACCGGUUUCGGAGACGGGCUGUGAACUUUCCAGUCCUGUAAACGCUAGAGACUCCAAGCUGCUUUAUCAGAAAGAGGGGGGCGUGAAGCAGCAUGAGCCCCUCUCCUUUCUGCUUGAUAUUAUGCAUCAGCAUAAAGAAGGAAACAGCAAACAGAAACUAAAGCAGAUAAACAAACAGUGUGCUGAGCAAGUGAAAAAACCUGUUGAAUCCCCCAAAGCAGCCGAGAUUCAGACUAAAACCAGAAACCAAAUAGAAUCCAAAGCAAAAGCAGCAGAACUCCCAACACUUGCAGAACCUAAAAAAGAGGAGAAGAAAUUAAACAAUAACAACAGAAAACAGUUGAACCACGUAAAGGAAGAGAAAGCACCUGUAACAAGUGAAUCCCCUUCACCAAGUGAACAGCAACAAAAUAAUAAGCUAAUACUUGCAGAUUCUCCUCAACCAAAAGGCAAGAACAAGAAAAACAAGAAGAAAAAAGGGGACAAAGUCAACAAUUCCAUUGAUGAUGUGUUUCUACCCAAAGACAUUGAUCUAGACAGCGUGGAAAUGGAUGAAACAGAGCGAGAAGUGGAGUAUUUCAAAAGAUUCUGCUUGGAUUCUGCCAGGCAGACAAGGCAGAGACUUUCCAUCAACUGGUCCAAUUUUAGCUUGAAAAAAACCACCUUUGCUGCACAUUGAAAUGACACGAUAUGGGGAGUGAACCCUGCAGGAAUCAAUGAACGACAACUCCACUUACCUGUCCUGCUGUGCUGAGAGCUUAUCUGGUCUUGAGCCAGUGCUGCCUUGCCUUGUCCCCAGUGCUGUGUGGAUCUGCACUGAACCCUUUGGCCUGAUAAUUCUUGCAGACUGAAAAAUUGCCACUUUCUACCUGAAUUUGUUAGCUUGUGUGCUUGUAGUCUGUGAGUGAGACUUACUUGAUUGUAGCUGUAUGCUGUUGGAGUUGGAACAAUAGCUCUUUUCCAUCUCCUUCUGAAUGCCUUGGCCUCAAAGACUUUAAAUUGCUUAGGCUUGGGUGGAGGCCAAAAUACUAGUUUGCAUCAUCUGCAGUGGCUCCUGUCACUUCUGCAUCUAGCUAUGUUUUGUCAUUCUGACUCCUGACAAAGGAAUGGACCUAGUCAGUUGUGAUUUCAUCUGCUCCAGAAUUCUCCUGACAUGACUUCAUGAAAAAGAGGCUCUUAUGGGACAAGUAUUUCCUCGGUUCUUUCACAAUCUACUGUUUAAGAGUGUACAAGUUACGCUAUUUGUGUUUUGAUUUUUUUUCCUGACUUGUAGCCAGCUUGUGUAAGAAUACUUGCAGAAUGAGAAAAUUUAAAAAAGAACAGUACUCACACUAUCAAAUCUGUUAUAGAGUGUAUAAUUGUAUUAACACUGAAGCCUAACUGGCUACUUUUUUAACAUAUUGUUAAGUAAUAUUAAAAUCAUGUCUUUCUUUUUGAAAGAUGGAAUACAUUAGUAUGGCAGAA